AUGCAAACGAUUGGACUAUUUAGAUUAACAGGGAGAUCGUUCCAUGUACGACGUGAAUUGUUAUCGAGCAAUCCAAAGGGGAAAUCAGCAAAAAAUGUUAUUCAAUUUUUAACUGGUAAUACAAAUAAGGUUGGUUCAAAUCAAAAGGAUAAAGUGAUACCAUUAUGGAAACAAAGAGAUGAAACCACAAAGAAAAAAAUUAAAGGUGAACGUUGGAAUCCUUCAAAGAGAUUAUCAAGAGAAGGUAUAGAAAAUGUACGACUUUUAAAACAACAAAUGCCACAUUUAACUGCUAGUGAUUUAGGUACACAUUUUAAAAUUUCACCUGAUGCAAUAAGAAGAAUCUUAAAGAGUAAUUUUAGACAAACUGAAGAAGAAAGUGUAAACAUUCAAAAAAGAUGGAAAAGGAGAGGUGAAAUGAUAAAACAAUUGCACGAAGAUAAAACCUUUGAUUUAAAACAAGAUGAAAUUCCAAUCACAAGAAAGAUAAGAUUACAUUUCAAUUCACAAAGUAAUACGAUGGAAAAGACAAGUAUUAGAAAACAAUUUAUUCCUCAAAAUAACUCCACAAAAACAAAAAAUGUCAACAAACUGGCUUUCUUAAGUAAAGUUGUUGAUAACAAUUAA